AUGUCCAAGAACACUGGGGACACACGUUUUCGGAAGGUCGAUGUUGACAAUAUUGGUCAAAGCAAUUUUGAGGAGGAAAAGGUCGAUGACACUCACUUGAACCCUCGUGAUGUGGAAAAUCUUCUUAACAGUGGAAAAUAUGAAGAUGCCGUCAGGAUGGUACUGGACAACGCGCCGGUUAAUUCAAAAGACAUGGCCCUCAAAGAUGCCGUGCUCGCUCUUAUUCUCCGUGGCAUGUCGCAGUUGAAAAGCACACAGAUCGACUCCUUUGUUGGAGGCCUUAAUCAGGAUCAGCUUGACAUGCUGAUGAAAUACAUAUAUCGCGGAUUCCAGAAUCCCACAGACAUCACACACGCUUCUCUGCUUCUUUGGCAUGAGAAGGUUUAUGCCAAAAGCAAGAUCAGCUCGAUAUGUCGUGUCCUGACUGACGGAAGGAUUGUGUGA